CGGAGAGAUGGAGGGAGAGCUGAGCGGCCAGGAGAAGAUCAGAUGAAGAGGGAAUAAAAGCCAUGUUUGAUCCUGAAUAAAAAACAUCCUCACGGCAACAACAAAAAACAAAACCAAGCAAACAGGAUCAUCUCCGAGACACCAGCGUCAUGACACCAGUCCUACACUGAGCCUCUCCUCGGUGGGUUGGCAUGGCCCAGUGAUGAACGGAUCGCUGGUGCCCGGUAGCCCGGAGCUCUCCUCCUCGUGCCCACUGCCAGACUGGCGAGAGUUCUGCGAGCUCCAUGCUCGAGCCUCCGCUGCAGACUUCGCUGACAAGUUCCAGCGCUUCCUGUCGGAGAAUCCGUGUUACGACACGCCCGGCGCCGAUGCCAGCUUCUCACAACACUUUGCCCACCACUUCCUGGAGUGCUUCUCGGCGGCGCUGACCCAGGCCCGGGAGAACCAGGCAUCCUCGCCGGGGGAGGACGGCUCCAACACAGCACCAAAGUACAGCAUCGUUCCUUUCCUGGGAAUCCAGGGCUGCCCUCUGUCCUACGGUCACGACAUUUACCAGAGACGCAAGGACGCAGGGGCUUCAAGUGAAUCCCUGGAUAGCAUGGACAGUGGGGGGGGAGGGAUAGAUGGGGGAGGCAAUGGCACCACCGCCUCCCGAGGCCCCCAGCCAUCCCACAAGGUGUCUGCUUUGGGACAGUCGCGCAGCUCAGAGGACGUGUCAGUCAGUCACCCAAAGGCCCGCUUCAAGAAGGGCUUCUCCCUGAGGAACAUGAGCCUCUGUGUGGUGGACGGGGUGAAGGAGAUGUGGCACAGACGGGCCUCCCCUGAACCUGACGGCCCCUCUGUAGCCACCAGGAGGGCUAACGGGGGAGGAGUGGGAGGAGUAGUAGGAGGAGCGGGCGCAGGAGGAGGAGGGGAGGCCGCAGGGGGAGAGAAAUGGUCCCAAAAGCUUCGGCUUCCCAGGGGUUCCCAGGGCCACAAGGCUGAGAUGCUGGAGAUCCAGAGGGAGGGAGCGCUGAGGUACAUGGUGGCUGACGACACAAACUGUAUGGGCGCUGCACAGUGGCAGAAGUGCCGCCUGCUGCUGAGGAAGACGAAAAGGGAGGAAGGGGGUGAGAGGUUCCUGCUGGAGUUCUACGUACCACCCAAGUCCUCAAAGCCCAAAGUGAGCAUCCCUCUGACAGCCAUCGUGGAGGUGAGGACCACCAUGCCGCUGGAGAUGCCUGACAAGGACAACACUUUUGUUCUUAAGGUGGAAAAUGGGGGAGAGUACAUCCUGGAAACCAUCGACUCACUGCAGAAAAACUCCUGGGUUGCUGACAUCCAGGACUGCAUAGACCCCGGUGACAGCGGUGAUGACAUCGAGCUGGCGUCGUGUCCUCAUGGUCAGGCCUCCAAAGACUGCUCCAUGGUGGCCUCUUGCAGCUGUGAGCUGCUGUCAGAGGGUGUGUAUCGUGCUACGGAGAGGUCGUGUUCUACAGCAGCAGAACAUUACAGCGCCCCCUCAGUCCGUUGCAGGGAGCCCCCCUUCACCCAGCACCCAUCCCACAUGCCUUUAGAGCGCUUCCUGCAGUCCCCUGAGGCCCAGGGCUCCAACUCCUCUGCAGGUGGCAGCGAAGGAGCGAAAGAGUCAGAUGCCGAUGCCAGCCUGGCCGGUUACCCAUGGUUCCACGGUACGCUGUCCCGCGUGCGUGCAGCCCAGUUGGUGCUUGCAGGCGGGGCCAGAAGCCACGGGCUCUUUGUGAUUCGUCAGAGCGAGACGCGGCCGGGCGAGUACGUCCUCACCUUCAACUUUCAGGGCAAAGCUAAGCAUCUGCGUCUGUCCGUGAAUGAGAACGGGCAGUGCCACGUCCACCACUUGUGGUUCCACACCGUGUCGGACAUGUUGAGACACUUCCACGCCCAUCCCAUCCCCCUCGAAUCUGGAGGCUCUGCUGACAUCACAUUACGCUCCUAUGUACAAGUGCAGCGAAGCUCCAACACAGAUGCGACUGUGCCUCCAGUCCUCACCCCACCCAGGGAAGCCGGCUGUCGGACAGAUUCGGCCCAGCCAGCCCUCCACCCUCCUGGGAUCACAGCGCCUGCAGGGCCCCCUCCUGAUGCCCCGCUCUCCUCCAGCAACUCCUCCUCACCCACCGCUCUUCCCUCCCUCUCCCGCAGUGACCCAGGUACUGGAGGAGGAGUAGGAGGAGGGUUACACAGCCGGAGCAACAGCUCUGAGCGCCUGCUAGAGGCCUCUAGUGGUGGAUCCGAUGACUACCACGAUGCUGACGGGACACGCAGGGCCAGGGCAGUGGAGAAUCAGUACUCUUUCUACUGAACGGCCCCGGGGCAGGGUUCAGUCAUAUAAUGGAGGUGACACUCAUCGCACUCUGCUGAUGAUUAAAAAAACGGUCCAAAUCACUGGAUCGGCCAUUGUUUUGUUUGUUUGUCUUUCUUUCGAGGCAGUUUCCUGUUUCUCUGGUUUGAGAAGGGAGGUGAGAUCAUGGCGAGCAGUGUGUCCAUGCUGAUAAAUCCAUCAGGGUCUGCAGCUUCAAACGCAGUUGUUAAGAAUGUGAGAGAGCAGAAUAACAGAAGGCCACACAGUAAGAAACGGACGUGUAGAAAAUGCAACAGGGAAGAUGAGUAGGCGGAAAAAAGCAAGAGGAAGUCGUCCAGUGGAGUCAUAUGGCUUUGAUUCAUCUCUUCUGACCACUUCCUGUUCACCCUUACCCACAGUUCCCUGGGAGCAGAGCCUGUGUCACUACCCCGCUGAACUGAUUGAGAGUUUUGAAAUGACCCUGAAGAAACAGUCCCUCCCCUCAGAGAUCCUUUUGAGCUCCCAAGAGCCUCCCAUUAAUGUUUGUAAAACUGCUUUGAGUCUGUUCCGGAUAUCCUCACUGUCCCCACAGGGUUUCCCUAUAAAAUCCUGCUCCGGGUCUCGGCUCUAACAUAAGCACAGCAAUCAUGGGUAUGUUAGUGUUAGCUCACGGAUGUUUUUCUUAAAGGGUGUACAGCCUAAAGGGUCUUAGUGCCUGACAAUUACCUUGGACUCGAAUGGAUUGUUGCACAUAGCGACACGGAGGAUGGUGUUAACAUCUUGCAUAAUCACAAAGGUCCAUAAAGUGAAUGCAGGUGAUCACCUUACUGUCAUUUUCUGCUUAAAACACACUAAACAAUAUCUUUGCGUACUGAAAUGGUUUGGUUCUCACAGUUUUAUUGGUGGUUGCAACACACACAGAGGGUAAUAUGUUGUGUUAGAGAUCAGUUGAAAGUGUUGAAAUUUAAGAUGAACAACCCAAGUAUGGUCUGUAUGAAUAUGGCAGGGUGGCUCCCAUUUUGCUGUCAUAUCGGGCUAUUUCUAUGAGUGUGUGGUGGUGUAAUAGAGUCCAAAUAUUUUUUAAAUGAUCGGUGUGCUACAGUAGUGUUCCUAAAAUGUGGUUUUCGAAGUCCCUCCUUCUGGUGCUGGUUCUGUAUUCAAGCUUAUCAUAUCAAUAACCUGUAGAUUAGAUAUGCUGUUACUAUAGCUCACUUUGAAGUAAUGCCUUGAAGAUGUUAGUAUACCAAAUCCAGCAUUAAGGCUACCGGAGGGACUGGGGACUUGUUUUUUAGAGAGGUGGCAGUGUUGUGUAUGUUUGUGCGGCCUGGUGUGGACUGGAACGGUACAGGCAGUGAGUUAAAGGGAACUAUAUGGCCAUGCUUGAAUAAGAAGAUGUGACAUUGCUGCUUUACUUUAUGCUGACAGAGUACCGAGUUUAAGCUUUGUAAGGUAAUAAUUCAAAACAAAAAUACAUUUCAAACCACAAAAUACUCAUGUUAUUGUAAGAAUUUACAUCAUGGUCCUAGACAUUCAUUAUAACACAAAACAGCAGUCAAAAUAUCCUCUUAAAGUAAUAGUUGGACAUUUUGUUUAAUACACCUAUUCACUGCCUUGCCCAGAGUUAAUUUUGAAAAUUAGUACCACUCACAUGUCUGUAAUAACUAUGAAGCUAUACUGCUAGCAGAGGGUUACCUUAUCUUAGCAUAAAGACGCAAAACAGUAGCCGCGCUACAGUUCAGGAAGGUCGCUGAGUAAAGCUCAGGGUGGCAGCGUGCUCAUUUGUGAGCUUUAGAGUUGCUAGUUGGCAGAUUUAGUAACUAUUGGACAGAGUUUUCUUUGUGCUAAGCUAAAUUAGCAGGCUGCUAGCUUCACAUUUACUGUACGUUCUCAUAAGUGUUCUUCCCAAAAUGUCCAACUUUUAUUUUGAAGAAAAGCAGACAUCUUUCAGCGACUAUAUUUAAACAUAUGCAACACUUUUGUUAAGUUGGAAUAAACAUAUCAAGAGUCAGCGUCUGUCUUUUCAAGCGUGGCCAUCUAGCCAUAAAGGUAAAAUUUUCAGUGUCAGUCGAGGAGCGGACGGAGCAGUUCAUGUGCCAAUUUGAAUCCUAUUUUUGAAACAUAUUUAUUCCUAAACCAUAAAUAAACUGUAAAUGACAUUUUUCCUAUCGAGUCUUAUUUAUGUACAAUUGAUUGAUUCUUCUUGAUGAAACAGCCUCAGUGGAACUUGUCUGUUGCAAGAGCCCAUAUCACAGAUUGCUCAUGCCUCCCUUUUAUUUUCUUAACACUUCUUAAAGCUAAAUUUUUCUGUUGUCUGACUGAGUUUUGAAGAGUCUGUGCAAUUUUGUACAAAGUGAUGUACUUGACAUACUACUUUAUAUUUCUGUGAAUAAAAUGUGAACAAAC